AUGCCUCAGCGAUCUCCUAGUCGUGGGCGGAGGGAUUCGGUCAUUGGAGGCUUGAUGGCACGCAAAUAUGAAAGUAAAGCGAAAGCUGAGCUCGAUUUGGAGCCAAAAAGGGUUACAAAUCGACAGUUAAUACAUGGAGUUGCCAGUUCUUUCCUGGAGGCUGCUUACCAGCGGUUGCAGUCAAGUAGACUGACUGACAAGAUCACCAUUGAUGAGGAUUACGACAGUUUUGCUCAAACGGCGAACUCUGAGACUUCUGAAAGCUUCUGGAAAGAUGAGAACUUCAGGCAGGAAUAUGAGCCUUCUAGCGACGCAGGAACUUCGUUAGAGCCACUGAAAGCUGGCUACGCUAACAGCUCGAAAGAGAAAAAAAUCACUAGUGAAACCCAGGAGCAUUUUGUCGACAUUUUGCUGGACAAAAUGAUCUCUACGAUUUUACCCGAUAACUUCCCUGAACGCGAGCAGUUUACGCAACGAGUGAACGACCCGCUGCGCAAAAAGCGGCAAAAGCUGUCUGCCACCAUUUUUGCUAACAACCUUAAAGUCUUAACUACGAAGUUGGGAGCGAUUUUUGAACUUCAGGACUCUGUUAUCCGUCUUUUAGCCUGGCGAAACCCGUCUGGGACGGUCACAAUGCUUGUCUUUAUAAGCAUGAUAUGUUUCAACCCAAUUUUUCUCGCAAUUUUGCCUCUUCUUUAUGUACUGUACGGAAUUAUGGUGCCGGGCUACAUGCACCGGCAUCCACCGAACAGGACAGCUUUCCUUUCCAGACGCACUUACGGGAAAUCCUUUCUGGUCUCUCUUACCAGUGGUGGCGAAAAGACUAGCUGGCAUCCAAGUGAUGACAUCCAGGAGUACGAUUACAAUUUGGAUUCUGAUCCGCUGGGACACCAGCGAGCACAUCAUAUCAAACAAAGCAUGGAAUUUGUCGUGAAUUUGCGAGAUCUUCAAAAUAGCAUGUCAACGAUGGUCUCUCUAUCAAAGAGCAUGGAAAAGUUUGUGUUUGGAACAGCAGGUUUCAAGGACGAGCAUAGAUCUACAGCUUUAUUCCUAGCAGGACUGGGUACGCUGUUGCUGCUGUGGCUAGUAUCUCCACUCAUCAACUGGAGCAUGGUCUCUACAGUUAGUGUUUGGACGGUUAUGAUAGUCAUUCAUCCAAAAGUCAGGUCCAGGCUCGCUCAAAUAAUCAAAGAAGAUCAGGUCAAUAGGAGCAGAGAAGUACUUGAAAGAACAGAACGCUACGACAUUAUCUUGGAUGAGCCUCCGGAUGUUAGAUUCAUCGAAAUCUUUGAGAUUCACAAGCAAGGGAUAAUGCCAAAAGACUGGGCUUUCCUGAAGUUUUCCACGAAUGUAUUUGAUGCCCAAGAUAGCUACAGAAAAGCUCAAGUUCCACCUCCCGGAGUCGAUAGUCUCGAGGAAAUUAAGCCGCCGGUUACAUGGGCAUUUGACAACAACUCUGGCUGGGAAAUUGACUACAACGUAGAAGCUUGGUCUCAAGAUCGCGGCCUGGAGCUCGACAUUGAGGAUGAGUUUCUGGUUGACGGCGCAUUUAAAAGACGAAGGUUAGUUCGCAAAGUGCUUAGGUACGCUAAUCCAGCGCGGAAGCCAUCAUACAAAUAA